UUCCCCCUGCCGGAGAGAAGCGGCAUCUGGGAGGGAGGAGAAAAGAAACAAGCUGAGGGAGAGACACGGAGGGGAGGAGAGAAAGAAGUAAAAAAGACAGGAGCUCAGCCCGUAGGACGUGAACACACCGGAGAGAGAGAGGAGGACGCUGCUGCUUCAGUACGGCCCUCCUGAUUGGAUGAGAGCACCAGUAUGGAUGCACUCCAUCCUGUUUCCCACAAUCCUUAGCUCUCUGAUCUGCAGCUGACUCUACUAAACCCUGAACAAGCUCCAGUCAAUGACUGAACUCCUGUCAGGUGAUCUGUCUUGUGCCACGAUGAUGUCAGUAGAUGUGACCAAUCGUAAUGGGCCCGCUGCCACGCCUCCCACUUCCCUCAGCCUUCGCUCCUCACACAAUCAGCUCCUCAGCAGCGAUGUCAUCAAACAGGGCUCCGCCACUCCUCCCAAGUGUCGCAAAAAGUACGCACUCACCAGUAUCCAGUCUGCCAUGGGCCUCGGAGAAGCGGCGCCAACUACGCCUUCCCCGUCAUCAUCCCCAUCGCAGUCCUCAACCCCGACCAAUCCCAAACUAGCCAAGAAUGGGGUCAACCAGCUUCGUAAAGCAGGUCAGGACCACAACAAAAACACAACGGGUCCUGACCUGAUAGAUCUGGAGUGUAAUUCAGAGACUGUAGAAGACGACCUCAACGUUAACACAGCAGAGGAGCAUGACAGUCACAUCCUCUCCAAUAAUGACGGGGAGGACGACGUCAUUAAUUUAGAUGCCGAACUGCAACCAGACGCCAACUGUGAUGCAGAGCCCGAGCAGAAAACAGAAUUAGAUGUAGACUGUAACAUUAACACAACUGUGGCGCUCAACCUGAACGGCAACACAACAGAUCUGGACUUGAACAUUGAGGCAGAGGAGAGCGAUGACAUCAGUAUUUUGUCUGAAAAGGAAAUAAUGUCAAAAAUGAAGAUUGAGGAAGAUGGAGAUGAGAAUGUGGGGGAGGAGGAGGAGGAGGAAGAGGUGGAGAAGAAGCCUUUACUGAUGAUAAGAAGUGAGUCUCCCGUGAACAAUCAAAAAGUUUCCGCAGGCCUGGAACUCAUCUCUGACCUCCACUCCAACAUCAAGCUCCUCAAAUCAGGCAAGGACUCUCCAGUGCCUCCUCCUCCCUCCCUGCCACGGCAAUCCAGCCCAGAGGACACCCUCUUGCUCUCUGUGGCUUCCUGCUCCUCCUCUUCCUCUUCCUCUCCAGAGACGAAGAAGGACAGAAGGACUGGCGCAAAGACAGACUGUGCUUUGAACCGGAUCCAGAAUCUGAACCCCAGUGACGAGGAGUUGAGUUGGACCACCCUGUCCCAGGAGAGCAACUCCCCAGAGGAGACAGAUAUCUGGAGUGAGCAGUCAUUCCAGACAGACCCUGACCUGCCACCAGGAUGGAAGAAGAUCACAGAUAUGGCCGGUGUCUACUACUGGCACAUACCUACAGGCACCACUCAGUGGGAGAGGCCUGCCACCCGCCAAGCACCCCCUGGACAGAUGGAGUCCCAGGCACCAGGCGACUACACAGCCUCAACGCCUCGUAAACACUCUGUGGGUUCGCUCAGCCCCUCACCCACUCCUGACCAUGAGUUGUGCCAGGCAGAGGUUUUCUUCAGGUCGUCAAUUCGUUCGGGCAGCACCACGUCCGACAGUUCAGUGGAGCCUCUCUCCUCUAAUGAAACCACCAUCCCCACAUGUGGAUUUGUCAACAGCUGCUACUUUCCUCGGUCCACAUCUCUGCAGGGGGCGUCGGAUCAGGAGUGUUGCUCUCAGCAUCAUGAAGAUGAGGACAAGAAACAGGUGUGGAGUGAAUUUGGCGGAAAGAUUGAUAGUGAGGUGUGGAAGGAUCUGCAGGCAGCCACCGUGAACCCCGAUCCCAGUCUGAAGGAGUUUGAGGGUGCAACGCUUCGCUACGCAUCACUGAAGUUAAGGAACCGUCCAACAGUAGAAGAAGAGGAGUCAAACUGCAACAACGGUGACCCAGAAACAAAGUGUUUUGCAGUGCGCUCUCUGGGAUGGGUGGAAAUGGCCGAGGAGGACUUGGCUCCCGGAAAGAGCAGCGUUGCCGUUAACAACUGCAUCCGACAGCUGUCCUACUGCAAGAACGACAUCCGAGACACGGUCGGCAUCUGGGGAGAGGGGAAGGACAUGUACCUGGUGCUGGAAAAUAACAUGUUGAACCUGGUCGACCCCAUGGACCGCAGUGUGCUUCACUCGCAGCCAAUUGCAAGUAUCCGGGUCUGGGGCGUUGGCCGGGACAAUGGCAGAGAGAGGGACUUUGCAUAUGUGGCGAGGGAUAAAAACACCAGGAUCCUGAAAUGUCAUGUGUUCCGCUGUGACACGCCAGCCAAAGCCAUUGCCACCAGCCUGCAUGAGAUCUGCUCCCGGAUAAUGACAGAGAGAAAGAAUGCCAAAGCGAUGGCAGGAAACUCUCUCCACGACAGGAUGCAGGCAGGACUAGAUCUCCCUCUACAAGCAGAGUUUCCCACACCAAAGACAGAGCUGGUUCAGAAGUUUCAGGUGCUCUACCUCGGGAUGCUGCCUGUGGCCAGACCUAUAGGUAUGGACAUACUGAAUGGAGCCAUAGACAGUCUAAUUGGUUCUUCCAACAAAGAGGACUGGACUCCAGUAGCUCUCAACGUGGCAGAUGCUACUGUCACCAUCAGCAAAGACAAGGAUGAAGAAGAAGUGCUGGUGGAGUGUCGUGUGCGUUUCCUGUCCUUCAUGGGCGUUGGGUAUGACGUGCACACGUUUGCCUUCAUCAUGGACGCAGGCGGCCAUCGUUUUGACUGUCACGUCUUCUGGUGUGACCCUAAUGCUGGGAAUGUGUCUGAGGCUGUGCAGGCAGCUUGUAUGUUGCGGUACCAGAAGUGUUUGGUCGCUCGGCCUCCCUCCCAGAAAGCCUGUGGCUCAUCCCCCCCCGGUGACUCAGUGUCCCGUCGGGUCUCGACCAGCGUGAAGAGAGGGGUCCUAUCUCUCAUCGACACCCUCAAACAGAAGAGACCCGUCACAGAGUUGCCGCAGUAACCACGGUGAAUCACUACCAACUGCCUGCCACAACCCCCAGUCACCAUGGUAACCAGUCGCAUUCGCUGCCAAAACCCCAGUAACCACUAAAACAGAGCAAAGACCCCAGGGAUUUGGGGAAACCCCGUCAUGAUUCCUUCACUUUUCUGGAGCAAAUUGGAGUUUCACCUCAAGAGUUUCAUCACCUCUCGAGGCGCAAUUCAAGUUGGCCUCCUGAAGACUCUAAACCCUGGCUGAGAAGGAACAACCACGAGAGCGGUGGUCGUGAAGGUGUUGAUGUACAUAGAAGUAACUCUCGUCCCCCUCGGCACAGAGAAGGAGCGAGGAGAACAAUAUCGUAGAAGUAGGAAGUGCUCCUUCAAGCACAGCACAGCGUGAUGAGCGAGCUCAUCGCUGCCCAAACUGCUGACUCCUCCAUGCUCUUAUUGUAUCUGUGUCUGUGCCUGUGAUGCCAGCAUGACCUUGCACACCUGGCCAUACCCUUCCCUCGUCAUUCACCUGGCUUCCUGUCUGUAGUGGCUUUACCUCCCCCCCAUCUUUGUCCCUCUUCCUUACCAUCUACAGCAAACUGUAAAGUGAGAGUAAGUAAAUGGUCGGGAGGCAAAAUGAAAAGCCAUCGUGUCUGUGAACAAUGAAGGGAGCUGCUACAGACUAAAGCGAUUUGUCCGUUAGUCUACACUCAUCUGUUCAACGGAUCCUGCAUGAACUUUUUUAUAGAAACGUGAAUCAUUCUAGUCGAUAUCAACACUGCUGCUGCUUUCAGAGAGUGAAGGGGUGAGGAAUCAGAAGCCACCUUGUUUUUCUAUCCCGUCUUCUCUUCUCUUUUUCUUUUCUCAUCGACUGUGCACGAAUCAGCCCAGUGCGUCUGAACGAGCGGUGACCUUUCACCCGAAAACACACCGCACGUCUGCCAUCUGUUUACUGGUAUUCUUCUGUUAUCCCUCAGAAAAUGACAGAUGAUAGCCAUAAUGGAGGAUAAGGCACAGGGAUGAACAUUAUUUCUCGGCCCACUCUCUCUCCUCUGCCCCCCCCCCACCCCACUCUCAGUGCCAGACUGCAGCUCGGAGCGGAGGAGACGUCAGCGUGCUGCUGCUGCUCCAUGAUACACAUACUGGAGGAAAUUUGACUUUAAAUCCCACCUCAGUAUCAGUCCUCACAGAAUUCAAGUUGACUAAUAAAAGGGGACUGGUAGCAUGUGAACGCCCUGAGGAAGAAAACAGAAGGAGACUUGAGGAAUGUGUCUUUAUACCUGGGUAUGGUUGUGAUGAUAUUGUCUGAACUGUGAGGAGGUGAGAUUUUUAUCUCCAGAAGACGACAGAGAGACAUGUUGACUCAAACCAGCAGGACGCUCCUGGGCUGCUAUCGAUCUGUCUCCAGGGUUCUGUUCACUUGAAUGCGCAUUCUUUCCUUUUUUCUUUGUUUCAUAAGUGCCACAAGAUCACAUGCUUGGUUUUUGUCUCACACAAAUCACAAAGCUGGGUGUUAUAACUAGUGAUGAUCGUUAUUGUAACUAAGAUCAUCGACACUUAACAAAGUUCUCUUGGCUGUAGAGGCAGAUACAUGCUGAACAUCUGACUGUUAAAUCCCACCUGUCAAACUUUACAUUUGUCCACUUGUAGAAAACAGACGGGGCAGAAGUUAGAGUCUGUUUUGUGGCCUUUUCCAAAAUGAAAAUCAGAAGUUUAAUUUGUCAGGAAUGGAAUAAACCUGUGAGUAUAUUAUUUGAUGUAAAUGUCAAACAGUAUGGCCGGCUCACAGGUAAUUCUGACUGUAGUAGUGCCCAAAGACAAGGGGUUGUAAAAAUCCCCAAAGACAUCUUCAAACAUCUGGAUGAAAAAAAUCUUCUGUCUGCUGUAUGAUAAAAUAUCUUUUUACAAAUCAAUACAAGUAUUGCUCUCAUCAGGGCUCAUUCCUCCGUCGAGGCCCGACAGUCGCUUUAUGAAACCCUGUUAUAAUUUGCGAGAUCCAGAUUUUUGUUUUGAUCUGCACUAAAAUGCACACACUCAUAGAUAUCAGUCCCCUAAGUUUUUUGUCAUCAGGAUCCAUGCAUUACGCCCAGAGAAAUCAGUUUCAGAGAGAAAUCAGAGUUUCAAAAGAUGCAAUGUUAAACAAAGAGAAAAAGAUUCCUGCAUCCACAACCUCUUCUGACUCCCUCCUUCCACCAAGUAUCGUGGAGGAGGAGCAAACUGGACUGGUAGGAAAUAGAUUAAUAUCUUAUUUAUCUUUCAGCAGAUGGACAAUGUUUUUGUUCGAGUCUAUGGGGGAUUCUGAAAACACCUUCAGCCCAGUAUGUUGUUAAAUCAUGGCGUAUGUUAGCAGUUUUUUAGAGAAACCAACUGCAUUAGGAGCCAAAGUGAUGGUUUCUGACAGAGUAGAGUGUUGCUGCAGAGAAAGGGAACUUUGACAGCGUCAGGUCGAAGUUAAUGGUCAGAUGUUCCAGCCGAGGGUCCUGCUUGUCAUUCGUGUCAAUAUUUAACUCCACAUAUAACAAACAGAGGAAGGAAGUCUAAGUAUAUUUGAGAUUCUGUUGAGAAAACUCCCUUUUCUUUCAUCACGGGGAUGUUGAAAUGUGAAUGAGAUGACUUAAAUUGUUGUGUACAUAAUAUCCAUAUAAUGUAACAUUUGGCAUUAAUCAUUGUCAUAAGCUAUCUUUUUUCUUUUUUUUUCAUUUUUGAAUGUCUCAUUAUUUUAUUUUUUUUAAUGAAAUGCCUUUUUUUUUGAGAACUCACCAAAUGGCCAAAGUGUAAAAUACAGAUAUACAUUGUUGUAGAUAAGUAAAGUACCAGAGCAAAUAAUGAAAUAACAGGAGGGGCGUUCACAGUUGUCAAUUAAGUUGAUACUGAAUUUAACUGAGCAAUUAUCUAUGCAUUCUUUUGAUCUCGAGAAGAAAAUGGAAAGUCGUAAAA